AUGGCGUCCUCGGCUCGCCUGGUCACCAUCAAGCGGAGCGGCGACGACGGCGCACACUUCCCGCUGACCCUCAGCUCCUGCCUGUUCGGAAGGAGUAUUGAAUGUGACAUUCGUAUCCAACUGCCUGUAGUGUCAAAAAAGCACUGUAAAAUUGAAAUCAAUGACCAGCAGGCAAUAUUGCAUAAUUUCAGUUCCACAAAUCCAACACAAGUAAAUGGGGCUACUGUAGAUGAGCCUGUGCAGCUGAAGCAUGGAGAUAUAAUUACAAUCAUUGACCGAUCUUUUAGGUAUGAAAACGGAAAUCAAAAGGAUGGAAGCAGAUCAAUGGGAUUUCCAGGAAAAUCAUUUGGACAGGAACCGGUGCAGCAAGCUUCAGGAGCUAGCUUCUCUGAUGAUCCUGAUGGAAAAGAUCAAGAUGCCAGCACUUCAAAAACCACUGCUUCAAGAAGAUCUUUGGUGCAUGCCAAGAGGUUCUCUGGAGACAGUUCUGCCUCAGGUGGUUCAAAGGACAGUGUUACCCAAGAUCCAUCCAAUACCUGUUCUUCAGGGCAUGUAGAACAACACAGUGGCAGAAACACAGAAGAGCCCACUUCUGAUGUUCUUUUUAAGAAGUCCAGGGCUGCAGGAAACAGUUCCAGGGAACUGAAGUCUUCUCCUGCACAGAGCCUUAGCAACAGCAAGAAACAUGAAUCUCCCUUUGAGAAACUCUAUCAGUCAAUGAAGGAAGAGUUGAAUAUAAAAUCACAGAAACAGUCUCAUAGGAAGUCAGAACCACAACCUGAAUGUGCAGCAGGAAAAGAAACAUGGGAGACAAAGCUAUUGGUGUCAUGCAAGUCAAGAGCAAAAUCCAGUGGAAGCACCCCUGGUCCUGCAGUCUCUUCACCCAAAGUAGGAAAGAUCUGGACUGAGGACAAGAGUAGUGCUGUGGGGCCUCUUCAGACUUCCACAGAGGCUCUGAGUUCCAGCUUCUUGCUCUCUGAGACUGCUAAAAUGAAGACCCCUUUGCGGAAUUCACAGCAACUUAAGAAUGAAGAGUCCCACGUUAGUGGCAGAAGAGAAUCUGUGAAUCUGAAUGAAAGUGAAGGUGCCAAGGCAGAUUAUAAGAUAGUCACUCCUAGGAAGCCGGCAACUAGAAACCAAACUCCAGUGAAAGUUGAAGGUGCUGCCAGCCCUGCUGGUAAACCAGAAAACAUCUCUUCCAAAAAGAGGAAGAGUCUUCCUGCAAAGAUAGAAGUGCUGUCUGCGGAAACACAAAGCCAGUUCUCUUCAACUCAUCACCUUGCUUCAGACGAAAAGAAAACUCCAAAGGAUUCCUUCAGCAAGCCUGAGAAAUUGGCCACAGCAGCUAGGCAAAUUUACUCUGGGCUACCUGGUCUUAGUUCCGUUGAUAUCAGCAAUUUUGGUGACUCCAUUAACAAGAGUGAGGGAAUGUCUUUGAAGAGAAGACGUGUAUCCUUUGGUGGUCAUCUGAGACCCGAGUUAUUUGAUGAAAACUUGCCUCCUAAUACACCACUCAAAAGAGGAGAAACACCGACCAAGAGGAAGUCACUUGCUCCUCACACUCCAUCAGUCCUGAAGAAAAUUAUCAAGGAACGACCUCAGUCACCAGGGAAACGAGAGUCUCCUGGAAUAACUCUACCAAGCCCAAAUGAUCAAAGACGCAGAUCAGGCAGGAGUGCACCUGCUUCCAGUGGCAGCAAAUCCUUACCUCAGACAGACACUCCCAAGAAAGCAAGCAGGAAGAGUGGCAACCUGCCUGCCAAGAGAGCAUCUAUCAGCCGAAGUCAGCAUGACAUUUUACAGAUGAUUUCCUCCAAAAGAAGGAGUGGUGCUUCUGAAGCCAACUUGAUUGUUGCAAAAUCAUGGGCAGAUGUUGUAAAACUUGGCACGAAACAAGCACAGACAAAAGUUGUAAAACAUGUUCCUCAAAAGCAGGCGAGCAAAAGACAAAGAAGACCUAAUACUCCCAAGAAACCUACAAGCAACCUUCACAAUCAGUUUAGCACAGGCCAUGCAAACUCUCCCUGUACCAUUGUAAUAGGAAGAGCUCAGAUUGAAAAAGUAAGCAUGCCUGCUCGGCCCUACAAAAUGCUGAACAACUUGAUGUUAAACCAAAAAAUUGACUUCAGUGAAGAUCUGUCAGGACUAACUGAAAUGUUCAAGACUCCAGUGAAGGAGAAGCAGCAGCAGAUGAGUGACAUGGGCUCCAUUCUCUCCAAUUCAGAGAAUUUACCUGAAAAACAGCUUCAAGUAACUAAUUCAGGAGACAAACCUCUGCCUUUCACCUCAGAGAUUUUGGGAGAAAAUGCCCUCUCCAGUAUUCAGAAUGCAGCAAAGGAACCGUCUGAUAAAUAUUCUGCAAGUCCUACUUUAAGACGGAGAAGCAUCAAAAAUGGAAACACUGUGCAAACUCCUGAGAAUGUCCAAAACAUUACUCACCUUGCAAAGAAGACUCCAGACUCUGUGACAGAGCCUCUGAAGACAGUAUCCAGUGUGAGGAAGUUACGAAGGUCCAGAGAACUCAGACAUACACUUGCAGAAAGUAUGAAUGAAAGCACAGAGGCAGACCUUGCCAAGGGCAUCAUAAUAAGAUACUUAAGGAAGACAUCACUGCAAGGACAAGAAGUGGAUCAACAGGUACAGGACAGUGAAAAGUGUUCACAAAGAUUCAAGGAAAGUGUUGAAUUAAAAGAAGAUCCAGAUAAAACAUCAGCUAUGAGAUCAAGUGCCAGGAAGCAGAAGCCAGCGAAAGACUUAAUAGGAAGUCAGAUGGUCACUCAAACAGCAGCCUGUGCUGAGGAACUAUUUAAUCAAGAAAAGGGAACCACAGAAAAACCAGAGGAAUCCAUGCACAAACAAAGUACACCAAUAAGUGAUGGUCAAAAAACUACAAAACAGAAAGCGGACAUGAAGCACUGGCCAAGGACUCCUGAUAGAAAGACCCAACCUCUAGAAGACCCAGCUAGUCUCAAGGAGUUCUUCGAAACACCAAACUGCAGAGACAAACCCAUAGGAGAUAAUAAAAACAAAGUCCUUUGCAAAACCCCACAACCUAUAACAGAUAACACCAAAACAAGCACAAAACCAUGGCACAGCACAUCUGGGAAGAAAGUAGACAUGAAAGAAGAACACUCUGAACAAAAGAAGUUUGUGCACAUGUCAGGAGGAACCAGGCAUACUCCCAAAGUUCCAGAACUUGCACACGGGGGAAUUAAAGCUUUGAAGGAAUCUGAUAAUCGAAUGCUGGACCUGACUGUAACUGGCAGCAAGAAGCCGGUAGGAAAAGCUAAAGAGAAGGCUCAGCCCGUGCAAGACCUGACUGGUUUCCAUGAACUCUUUCUAUCACCAGUCCCUGGUGACAAAAUCACAAAAAUAUCCAAUAAAUCACCAUAUCCAGAACUUCCAGAACUGGCCAGAACCCCAGCAAGCAUUAAGAGACUGUCUAAGACAGGUCUUGGUAAGGGGGAUUUAAGAGAAGAGGUUUCAACACUUGGGAAACGAACAAAGUCUCCAGGCAGAACCUCAUACACACCCAUAGCAUCAGAGCUAGAAGAGAAUGAUACCACAGCCUUUGUGGAAACUCCAAAGCAGAAACUGGAUUUUACAGAGAACUCAACAGGAUCUAAGAAAAGGUCACGGGCACCUAAGAUGAGGGUUCAACCCCUAGAAGACCUGGAUGGCUUUCAGGAACUCUUCCAAACUCCAGCUGGUACCAGUGACCCAGUAACUGUUGGGGAAACUGCAAAGGUAUCUUUGGAAUCUCUACAACUGGAACCAGUCAGAACCCCAGCAAGCACAAAGAGACUGUCCAAGGCAGGUCUUGAUAAGGCAGAUGAGAGAGAAAAGCUUUCAACAGUUGGAAAACGAACAAAGUCGCCAGGCAGAACCUCACGCUUAUCCACAGCACCAGAGCUAGAAGAGAAUGAUACCACAGCCCUUGUGGAAACUCCAAAGCAGAAACUGGAUUUCACAGAGAAUUCAGCAGGAUCUAAGAGAAGGUCACGGACACCUAAGAUGAAGGCUCAACCCCUAGAAGACCUGGAUGGCUUCCAAGAACUCUUCCAAACUCCAGCUGGUGCCAGUGACCCAGUAACUGUUGGGGAAACUACAAAGGUGUCUUUGGAAUCUCUACAACCGGAACCAGUUAGAACCCCAGCAAGCACAAAGAGACUGUCCAAGGCAGGUCUUUAUAAGGAUGAUGUUAGAGAAGAGCUUUCAGCACUUGGGAAACGAACAAAGUCGCCAGGCAGAACCUCACACACACCCACAGCACCAGUGCUCGAAGAGAAUGAUACCACAGCCUUUGUGGAAACUCCAAAGCAAAAAUUGGAUUUCUCAGAGAAUUCAACAGGAUCUAAGAGAAGGUCACGGACACCUAAGAUGAGGGCUCAACCCCUAGAAGACCUGGAUGGCUUCCAAGAACUCUUCCAAACUCCAGCUCGUGACAGUAACCUAGUGACUAUUGGCAAAAUUACAAAGGUGUCUUUGGAAUCUCCACAACCAGAACCAGUCAGAACCCCAGCAAGCACAAAGAGACUGUCCAAGGCAGGUCUUGGUAACGCAGAUAUGAGAGAAGAGCUUUCAACACUUGGGAAACGAACAAAGUCGCCAGGCAGAGCCUCACGCACACCCACAUCAGCAGUGCAGCAGGAAAAAGGAAUAAAAGAAAUUAUGGAAACUUCAACUAAGAAACUGGAGUCUUUAGGAAAUUUAACUGGGUCUAAGAAACAGUCUAGAACACCUAAGAAAGAGGGCCAAUCUCUAGAAGACCUACCUGAUUGUCAGGAGCUCUUCCAAACACCAGACCAUAGUAGUGGCCCAUUGGUUGUUGGCAAAACCAAAAGAAUGUCCUUUAAUUCUCCACAACCAGAUCCUGCCAUAACCCUAAGAAGCAUAAAGAGACAGUCCAGGGCAACAAUGGGUGAAAUGGAAGUGAAAGAAGAAUUUUCAGAAUCGGAGAAAUGCCAACAAAUAGAAAAGGCCAUAGACACACUCCAAGUAUCAAAUGAUAACAAUGUCAUUAGAGCACCAAAGCAAUCUGCAAAGCGGAAACUGGAUUCAGCAGCUAGUUUGCCUAGCAGCAAGAGGCUACGACGUGCAUCUAAGGAUAAGACACCAUGCCUGGAAGACCUGAGUGGUUUCCAACAGCUUUUCCAAACACCAGGCCAUUCUAAGGAUUCACUGACUAUUGGUGAAACUUUAAAAAUGCCCACCAAAUCUCCACAGUCAGGACCACUUAGAAACCACACCAGCAGAAAGAGUCUGCCCAAGAUCAGUCUCGGGAAAAUAGAUGUGACAGAAGAACUUUCAGCUCUCCAGAAGCAGUCACCAGGCAAAGCCCCCACAGCAUCAGAACAAAUGGAUGAAGGAAUACAAGCAAUUAGGAAGACUUCAAAGGAGAAACUAGAGACUGCAGUAAGUGUAAUUGAGUUUACAAGACAGAGAAGAGCACCUAAGGUAAAAGCUCUACCUCUGGAAGACCUUGAUGGCAUCCAAGAACUCUUCCAAACACCAGGCCACAGCACUGAUCCAGUAAUUGGUAACAAAAGAACAAGUAUGUCCUUGAGAUCUCCACAACCAGGAAUUGUUAGAACCUUACAAACAUCAAAGAGACUAGCCAAGACAAGUCUUGGAAAAGAGCAUAUGAGAGAAGAGAUCUCCUCAGUGAAUAUGCUUGGGUGUGCUGUAGGGGAGAUUGUACACACAUCCAGACUUCAAGAAGAUGAUGGGAGAGAGAACAAGGAUCUGGAGGAAUCCAGAAUUCUCACACUGGGCCCAUCAGUAAAUGUAACUGGCAGCAAGAAGAAGCAGCGAGGGACACAUAAGAAAAGGUCUCAGUCCCCAGAAGACAUAUUUGAUCUUCAGGAACUCUUCCAAACACCAGCUACUCAUAAAGACUCAGUGACUCUUCAUGAAACUACAAAAAUGUCUUUGGAUUCUUCAGAACAUUUCAGAACCCCAGCAAGCACAAAGAGACUGUCCAAGGCAGGUCUUGAUAAGGCAGAUGAGAGAGAAGAGCUUUCAGCACUUGGGAAACGAACAAAGUCGCUAGGCAGAGCCUCGCACAUAGCCAUAGCACCGGUGCUCAAAAAGAAUGAUACCACAGCCUUUGUGGAAACUCCAAAGCAGAAAUUGGAUUCCACAGAGAAUUCAGCAAGAUCUAAGAGAAGGUCACGGACACCUAAGAUGAGGGCUCAACCCCUAGAAGACCUGGAUGGCUUCCAAGAACUCUUCCAAACUCCAGCUGGUACCAGUGACCCAGUAACUGUUGGGGAAACUACAAAGGUGUCUUUGGAAUCUCCACAAUCAGCACAUAAUAGAACCCCAGCAAGCACAAAGAGACUGUCCAAAGCAGGUCUUAGUAACGCGGAUGUGAGAAAAGAGCUUUCAACACUUGGAAAACAAGCCAAGUCACCAGGCAGAACCUCACACACACCCACAGCACCAGUGCUCGAAGAGAAUGUUACCACAGCCUUUGUGGAAACUCCAAAGCAGAAACUGGAUUUCACAGAGAAUUCGUCAGGAUCUAAGAGAAGGUCACGGACACCUAAGAUGAGGGCUCAACCCCUAGAAGACCUGGAUGGCUUUCAGGAACUCUUCCAAACUCCAGCUGGUGCCAGUGACCCAGUAACUGUUGGGGAAACUACAAAGGUGUCUUUGGAAUCUCUACAACCGGAACCAGUCAGAACCCCAGCAAGCACAAAAAGACUGUCCAAGGCAGGUCUUUAUAAGGAUGAUGUUAGAGAAGAACUUUCAGCACUUGGGAAACGAACAAAGUUGCUAGGCAGAGCCUCGCACAUAGCCAUAGCACCAGUGCUCAAAGAGAAUGAUACCACAGCCUUUGUGGAAACUCCAAAGCAAAAAUUGGAUUCCACAGAGAAUUCAGCAAGAUCUAAGAGAAGGUCACGGACACCUAAGAUGAGGGCUCAACCCCUAGAAGACCUGGAUGGCUUCCAAGAACUCUUCCAAACUCCAGCUGGUACCAGUGACCCAGUAACUGUUGGGGAAACUACAAAGGUGUCUUUGGAAUCUCUACAAGCAGAGCCAGUCAGAACCCCAGCAAGCACAAAGAGACUGUCCAAGACAGGUUUUGGUAAGGCGGAUGUGAGAGAACAACUCUCUCCGCUGAAUAAACGAAGGUGUUCAGCACAGGAAGACAUGUAUGUACUCAGACUUUCAGAAAAUGAUGUCACAGGAACCAAAGAUUUAAAGGAAUCUGCAGCUCAAAUAUUAAACCCAGCAGUGAAUGUAACUAGCAACAAGAGGCAGCAAGGGGCGUGUAAGAAAAAGUCCCAGUUCCCAGAAGACCUAUCUGGUCUCCAGGAGCUCUUCCAAACACCAGGCCAUGACAAGGAUUCAUUGGCAGGUGAUAAGCUCACAAAAAUGCCCCACAGAUCUCUGCCACCAGAGCCAAUAAACACUUCAGUAACCUCACAGAGACAGUCCAGAACUAGACGGAUGAAAGAAUGUGUGAAAAGUGGACUAUCAGGAGACAGAAUGCUUCCGCAAAUGUCAGAGGAAAUCAUGGACAUAUCUAGAGUACCUGAAUGUGAAGACAAGGGCAUUAGAACAAGGAAGCAAUCUGUAAAACGGAAAUUGGACACAGCAGUCAGUGUGCCCAGCAGCAAGAGGCAACGAGUUGCACGAGCAGAAAAGGCACAGACCCUUGAGGAUCUGCCUGAGUUCCAAGAGCUCUACCAAACUCCAAGCUUGGCAGUGGAGCCAGUGAUUGUUGACAAAACCACAAAGAUGCCCAGCAAAUCUCCAGAGCCUGUGGACACAACUUCAGAAACACAGACAGGAAGAAGACUCAGGAGAGUGGGUGUGAUGAAAGAGCCUCUAGUACAAAGAAAGACUACAAGAGUGUUGCGGGAAACCAGAAACACAUGCAAAGAGCCUGUGGAUGACAGCAAAGAUGUCAAAGAGUUUAAGGAAUCUUCAAUGCAGAAACAAGACCCAGCUGUAAUUUUAACCGGCAGGAGGAGGCAACCAAGGACACUUAAGGAGAAAACCCAACCCUCUUGGAUGCCCAGCAUCCAAGAGGAAACAGCCACAAGAAUAUCUUGUGAAUUUCCACAACCAAAAGAAAAGGAAAGCUCAGCAUCCUCAAAGAGGCAGCUCAGAAUACAACUGUGCAAAGUGGGUGUGAAAGAAGAGCCCACAGCUCAGAGAAAGCCACGAGGCAGGGUAACCAGGAAUACACUCAAAGAGCCCACGAGUGAGAGUGGAAAUGUUGAAGAGCUUAAAGAGUCUACAGAGCAGAAGAUUGACCCAGUAGCAAGUGUGCCUGUCAGCAAGAGGCCACGGAGGGUACCCAGGGAAGUCACUGGACCCAUAGAACCAGUCCAAAUUCCAGGUCACACUGAGGAAUUAGCAAGUGAUGAAAGACUCACAAGAGUGCCCUGUGAUUCUCUACAACCAGAGCAAGCAGACAACCUCCAGACCUCACCAAGACGUCUUAGGACAAGACGUGGGAAAAUAGAGGUGGACCAAGAACCUUCAGUAGUGAAGAAGACAGUGCCAACAUCAAGGCAAACUACACGAUCCCGCAAGGUCCCUGAAAUUGAUGACAAAGACACCCAAGCUUCAAAAGAGUCUGGAGAGCAGCUAUUAGAAACAGUUGCCAAUGUAACUGGCAGCAGGAGGCAGCUAAGGGCACAUAAGAAUGAGGUCCAACCUUUUGAAGUCCUGGGUGACUCCAAAAAAAUAAUUCAAAUAUCAGAGCACACUGAGAAACUAAGACAUGAGACCAGUACCCUAAAGAGCACAAUACAGCAAAUGCCAGACCCCAUAAAACCUCUGAGAACAAGCAGGAGAGUGCUAAGGGCCUCUAAAGAGGACACUGUGGAAACUGUGGAAAUGUCGGUGGAUACCAGAGACCCUGCAGAAUCACAAAGCAAAAACAACACUUUUCUGUCCCCCAAGAGGAAGUCUGCAAGAGGUGGAAGCGGUCCAAGAACCAGGGGGUUGUGCUCUGUGACUCCAAAGCAGGAAGCAAUAGAUGAGAAACCUGCACCUAAGAAACAGAGGGCUGCUCCCAGCAAGAGGCGCGUGUCACCUGAGCCUGUGAAGAUGAAAUACCUGAGAAUCAUGUCAAGCAAAAUUGAACCAGUGGAAGAGCAGAUAACAGAAGAGGAAGCCCAAGUAGAAAACUCAACCCCUCCAGAUCAGAAAAUGCCUCUGCCCUCCAGAUACCGAAAGAAAACCAGUGAAAAACAUCCAAGGCCCAAGGUUGGUGCAUCUACAGAGAAGGAUGGGAUGAAGAUAAAUGAGAAGACCAUGAAGAGCUCCCAGGAGACAGAGCUUCAGAACACAGAUGAUGGAGCCAAGAAGUCUACAUCUAGGGGCAAAGUCAGUGGGAAAAGAACGUGCUUAAGGUCUGGAGGACAGAGUGAGAUUCCCCAGCCUCGUGCAGCAGAGGAGAAAACAAGUGAGACUGGUGCAAAAAUCUUGAAGACUCAGAAAGAGAAAGGAGUCUCUGGAGAUUUAGAUGCCAGGUCUUUGAGAUCCAGAAAAACUGGAGCCACUUUGGACAGUGAACCUAACCCAAAAGUAACUCGGGGUGCCAAGAAAGAUAUAAAAGUUCCAAAAAAGGAUGAAGACAUUGUAUACACCACAAAGUUAAGGACAAGAAGUCACAAGAAUAGUUAAAAGUAUGUAGCAAAGACAUUUAAGAAGAAAAAAUAAAUUUAGCUUAAUGAUAAAUUCCAAUGUGGUUUUCAUCUUCAAUGUAAAGAUAAACUGUAAUAUAAUAUACUGCCUGUGUUUAAGGAAGGAAGCUUUGAGCUUUCGUGGUUAGACUCUCUUCAAACUCCAGUGGAGAUCAUGAAGGAGGUCACCAGGAUCUCAGAGCGGUAGCAAUUUAAAAGUUUGGAGGUGAGCAGGCUGAAGUGUGGCCCUCUAUUCUGUACAAUAAAGCUUUG